UCCCUCGAAAUGCGAGCUGAACCUCCGCUCCGUAUUUUCCCUCUGCCGCCACUAAAAACUCUUUUCGUAUUUUCCAAGCGCGAAGAAGAAUCGCUGCUUCGCUCCCCGGCGCAAUGAGGAACGUAGAGAGAGCCUCCGGGACUCUGGUGGCGGAAGCUCUGUUUCGUGCGGCGGCGGACGGAGUGGAGCCAGUAAGCCGUUCGAGAAAAAGAUCUAACGUGGAAAAUCGCGGCUGAUUUUGAAUUCGAAUUCGCCGGAGCAGCCGAUUCUAGUACAGAUCAUCUGCUUCGUUUCCCUUGAUUGCGCGUACUUGUGCGGUGUGUGUGUGGUUGCGUGAAGGAAUGUAGAUCCAUUGUCUCAGAAGCGGCCUGAUGAAGCCGAUUGAGUUCGACUAUGGGAGCUUCUGAAUGGCAUUUGACAAGUGCAAGUGCUCAGGUUGGUAAGGGGCGUUAUCUUUGUCAGCUAUGAUCUCGGAAAAUUCUCCAUGUUCCCUCAACAGCCAAGAUUGGUGCAGUGCACAAGUUGCGGCAGCCUGCCACCAGCUUUCACCCCAAGUCAAACUAGGAAGAUUAAGGGGUCUGAAGGGAAUGGAACCCCUGUUAAGAAAAGCAGGUUGAGGAAAGCAGGAAAGGCAAAGCUUGAUAUAUCCUAAUAAAGAAGAUGUGGAUCGCACAUGGGAUUUUACCUGCGUUGCGCUCGUGGCGUAGAAAGUGAUCAGUUUGAAGCCUACUUGAAUAUCCGGUCGUACAAUGUCAACGACGAACUGGGACAAAUGAUGAAUGCAGAGUUAGGUCGUUGUUCUGAUUCUUAGGUUUUAGAUGGGACUUUCAUCGGAAUAGGCAUCUAUGGCGACUAGGAGGAAAUGGGAAACACACGCGACAUUCAUAGAGCUGGAGAAUGUUCCCUGCAGUCCAGCGUUUUGCAACCACCGCGAGGUCACCAGCUCACUGAUACAGAGAUCUUUCUGCCGCAGAGUUUUCUGGACACACAGGAAACAUCUGCUUUAGAAUCGAGGAACCAAAACUAACGUUACCCAUCCUUCAAAACACCUCUGCCAGUUGGGUGCCAUUUGUGGUUCAAGUUCUGAGAACAGUUCUGCAAGGUGCCAUUGAUCACCAUGACCGACUUGGAAAAGCAGCAGAAUUUGCCAGGAGAUGUUCCUACACUCCUCAAAUACAUCUCAACUAGUGAUGUAGCUGGUUUCGACAAUCUCGAAUCCAUUGCGGCAGCUAUGGGCGAGGUUGAGCAACCGCAAACUUCGAACCACCAAACGAAGUAUUCCAUUUCCAUCAGCAUGCCGAGCUCUCCGGCAGGAGACAGCUCGAAGAACGCGAAGCACGUCCUUUUCGACGACACCCCUGACAUAGUUUUAGGUCCUGGAGACCCUGAACCAGCAGCAGCCGAUGCCAAUACGUCAUCUUCUACUACAAAAUUGAAGUCCCAUUCUCAGCCGAUGCCGCACGGAGCUGCGGUGGAGCAGGGUAUCGAGAUGAACAACUUCACCCACCAUCCUAAUCCCGCCAUUAGGAAGCUGAAGGACAACCGAUACGACUCUUUCAAGACGUGGUCGGGAAAGCUCGAGAGGCAGAUCUCCCAUCUGCGAGGGAAGCCGAGGGAGGAAUCUUUGCCUGAAGAUUCCGUUGUACAUGUGUUACAGAAGAUCGAUAGCAACAAUGACGCCUUGCCUGUAGAUCGGUACUUCGAUGCGCUCGAAGGCCCUGAAUUGGACACCCUCAGGCCUUCAGAAGAAAUAGUCCUGCCGGACGACAAAACAUGGCCGUUCCUCCUCCGCUACCCGGUCUCAUCCUUCGGUAUCUGCCUCGGAGUCAGCAGCCAAGCAAUCAUGUGGAAGGCUCUCGCCACUUCCCCGUCCACCAAGUUCCUCCACAUCACUCACCACAUCAACCUCGUGCUCUGGUCCAUCUCGGUCGCCCUGGUCGUCGUCGUGGCGGCCAUCUACCUCCUCAAACUGGUCCUCUACUUCGAAGCCGUCCGGCGAGAGUACUACCACCCGAUCCGCGUCAACUUCUUCUUCGCCCCGUGGAUCGCCCUCCUCUUCCUCGCCAUCGGCCUCCCCAACUCCGUCGCCACCACGCUCCCCCACGCGCUCUGGUACGUCCUCAUGGCCCCGUUCCUCUUCCUCGAGCUGAAGAUCUACGGCCAGUGGAUGUCCGGCGGGCAGAGGAGGCUGUCCAAAGUGGCGAACCCUUCGAACCAUCUGUCGAUCGUCGGGAACUUCGUCGGAGCGUUGUUGGGGGCGUCGAUGGGGUUGAAGGAAGGUCCCAUUUUCUUCUUUGCUGUUGGGAUGGCGCACUACACGGUGCUGUUCGUGACUCUGUAUCAGAGGCUUCCUACAAACGAGACGUUACCAAAAGAGCUCCAUCCGGUGUUCUUCCUGUUUGUCGCGGCGCCUAGCGUGGCUUCCAUGGCUUGGGCGAAGAUUCAAGGGUCGUUCGACAAUGGCUCCAGGAUUGCAUACUUCAUUGCUCUGUUCCUCUACUUCUCUCUGGUAGCAGUACGAGUCAACUUCUUCAGAGGAUUCAAGUUCUCGUUGGCAUGGUGGGCGUACACAUUCCCCAUGACGGGUGCAGCCAUAGCGACGAUCCGGUACUCGAACGAGGUCACCAACGUAGUCACACAAGCACUCGCAGUCGCGCUAUGCGCCAUUUCUACGCUCAUCGUGACCGGCCUGCUGGUGUCCACGAUCCUGCACGCGUUCGUUCUCCGCGACCUCUUCCCCAACGACAUUGUCAUCGCCAUCAGCGACAGGAAGCCCAAGCACAGCAGCCGCGGCCAUCAUCACUUGAAGUGGUUGCAUCGGAGGACCGGGAGCACGGAGACCAGGGACGUCGAGCAUUACCUGAAGUUCGCCAACUCCGAUUGCAAGGACGUCGAGGCUGGUUUCGACCAUCAAGGAUCGGAUGGUAGUACCAACAAUGUCAAGCAGCAGCUGCAAGAUCAUUGAGGCGGGUUUUUUUCGGGGUUGGAAGUUUUAUGGGAUCAGGCUAGUAGCCACGCGAGGGACGAUGAUGACGCGACGGCCUUUUGGUGAAAUUUGGGAGAGUUCCGGUGACUGUGUGCUCUGUCUGACGAGUGAUCUGUGUGGCAGUGUAAAAAAUAUGCAGUAUAUGGCUUCUAUGUAGUAAUAGAAUGGAAAUUUUCUGUAAAGUGUUCCAGUUUCUGCAAGGAGAAUUUACUGGAUGGGCUGUGGAUUGGGCUCAACUAGGUUACGGGCUUGAGCCCGGAAGCUACGCCUUAGACAAACUACCAAGGACCAACCUCUAUUUGAAUGCGUCUUCGUUACUAGGAAAAAGCUUCUCAGAUGAAGAAAAGUUCCUGAAGCUGAAUUUUGCAUAAAUUCCAGGCCUUUGCAGUUUCAGUCCUGGAUUCGGUUCCAAUCCAAGGUCGCCAAGUUCACAUCCAGCUCCUAAACCUCGAGUGAAUCUUGAAUCCAGCCCUGGCCCCAAUCCAAUUCAAGCUCCAAAGCUAGCUCCAGGAUUGCAGCAACGAAGUCAAAACAAACAACAUGAAUCUCUACAACAUGGUGGCCUUCAUCAGAACUAGAAUCAAUACCCGCGGCUAUGCCGCAGGGAGUAUUUGGUUAUAGGGUAGAACAUUUGGUUAUGGUCAUGCAACUUAACCGAAGACUGAUUCGAAUUUUAC